AGGAAAUGAAGGAUUCUGUUAAAAGCUCGGACUACGUAGAAAGGCUGGCACAUAAAUACAUGCAGAAGUGCGUCGUAGAGUCAAGCACAGAGUCAGAGUCUGAAUCCAGUGCUGAGGUCGUGCCUAGCCCCCUUGCUGAAGGACUCAAGAAGGCAAGGGACUCGAAGGGAUCACAAUUUUUAGAUCCUUAUGAUGGUGAUUCAGAAGAUGCAUCCAUAUACUCUGACUGCAGCUUGAAUUCUUUAAAUAGUAUAAAAGUCGCACCGUGGGUGAACAGCGCCCCAAAAGCAAUGGCUUUGGAGGAUGCUGAUCCUUCAGAAGACGGAGAGGCCUUCCCUGAAACUCUGCACUGGCUCUGCCCAGAAACAAAGAUCGGUGAAAUCCACACCCAGAUAGCAACUGACUGUAAAGCACCCCCGGAACUUGCUAGCCAACAGAAGGAUUUCUCAAGAAGCCUGUCGCAAUCCUCUGAACUGACUAGAGCCACAGAAGCACUUCCCUCCAUGUGGCUGACACCUGACCAUUCCUUACUGAUGGGUAUUAGUUCUUCAGCCUCCGCAGAUCCACUUGCAAGUCCAGGCGACAAUGUUCCACAAACCAUGCUAACAGAUGACUCUGAUGAAACAAUGUCCAAACAGCCACUAAUUAAAAGAAAACAAGGAAUUCCCACUGCAGAGGGUGCUGGUGAAAAACUACGAAGAAAGAAAUUUCGUGCUAUCUAACCUGAGUGUUUGCUCUUCAUUUGUCUGAUCUGCUGUGUGACAGGAGGGAAGCAGCUGUAUGGUGAACAACUCUACAGGUUUGACUACGAACAAUUAUGUUAAGCUGAAAUGAAUGUAGCAAUCUAGCUUUCAUUUCUUUUUUCUUUAAUCACAGAGUUGUUGACUUGUAUUAUUAAUAUAUCUGUUCCUACCUAUUCUGAACAGUAUUUUUGUUAUAUGCUCAGUACAUCUGCCAGUUUAGAAUUUACAAUGCAAAGUUGAACACAGUAUCUGUAAGUACUCCUCUUCCUCAGUGAGAACAAUCAUGAGUUGCGGAAGUGUGGUGCAUGCUGAUGGGAGGUCGGUUGGCCAGUAAAACCUCUCUGAUCUCCCUCCUUGAUGAUAAUCUUUUUAGUAGUUUCCACAUAAAUGGACUAUACCUGCAGAAGUAUGAUUGCUUGAAAUAUGCCAGUACCAAUUACCUCUGAAAGCAUUCAGAAACUGUUCAUUUUGCAUGACUGGCAGAGAUUAAUUUCAGACUUUUAAAAAAAAUGCCUAAUAAAGGUAGCUUGUACCAUUCUCUUAACAGCUGCAUAAUUAUGUUAAAGUAACUUUUUCCCUUCAGUUUGGAGAUAGUUAGUUAGUUUUUAAUAGGCUUCAAAACAAAGUGGUUAGAGCAAGUGUAUCUUAAAAUUCAGAACCCUUUGCCCAUGUAAGCAUCCAAUCCAUCUACUGAAUGUUUUACUUAAACCAGGUGUUUACUGAAAUAAUCCAGUAGAAAAAAAUAACACAGAAACAAUCAGGAGAAGAUACUUAAAGGUAAGUAAGCCACAUGGUGACAGUACUUAGACAUUCAAAUCUAAUGCUAUCUUCCUGGGUUAAAGAGACAGGAAACUGGAGCCUUAUGUUACCAUAAAAGCAGCUUAAGAAAGAGAAAUCCCUGUAGUCAGUAGGACAUGGAAGUCUUGUUAAGGAUAGUCUAGCUUCUGAAUGCAUCUCAGCAGCUGCGUAAAAGCAGCCUACUUCAAACAAGAGCCAAUUCGAGUAACUUACUGAAUAUCAGACCUCAUGGCACAUAAUGUCAGGCCACUUGUCCUGCUGCAUUAAGGACUUUCUGUUUCAAGGUUCUUGUUUCUAUGCUUUAGACACAAGGUUCUUGGUGCUGAAAGUUAGCUCAGUGAGCUGUGUGAAAGUCAACGCUAUGCUU